UUUGAGCCUGGAGUCAAGAGACGAAUGCAGCUUGUAUAGAACUGCCCUCGUUGUUAAAAUCGAAGUGAAAUUGAACUGGCGGAAAUAUAAAAAAAUUUUAUGUUAUUAAAAUAUUUAAUAAUAUAAAAAUCUUUUUUAAUAAUUUUAAAAUAUUUAGUAAUUUAAAAAUAUUUUGUUAUGAUUGAUAAACUCCAAGCAACGAAAAUGAAAUUACCAUGUUUCGGGCAACGUCACGUACAAAUUUUCUUGCUAUUCACGUCAAUUAUUGUAAAUUAUGUUGCCAAAUUCAACGCGGGAGUAGCUGUGGUGGCCAUGACCGAUGCGGCGACUACAAAUCCCAACUUUCCGGAAUAUAAAUGGAGUGAUAUGGAGAAAUCGUACAUAUUGUCGAGCUUCUUCUGGGGUAACUUCCUCACACAAUUCCCCGGUGGCUACCUCUGUCGUCGCCUGGGCGCCAAACGCACGAUGUUUAUCUCAACACUAGGCUCUUCUUUAUUUGCUCUUCUGCCACCGCUCUGCGUUAAUUGGGGCGGGUGGAGCAUCUACUGUGGCAUACGUAUUGUACAGGGACUUUUUCAAGGAUUUCUCUUCCCCUGCCUACAUGCACAUCUCGCAGCCUGGUGUCCGGUGAAUGAACGCAAUCGGUUGGGUGCGCUAGCCAACACGGGCAUCGAAUGCGGUACAUUGCUCUCCAUGUUCUUAAGCGGCUUAAUUGCGGCUUCAAGCAUCGGUUGGCCAGGAUUGUUCUAUGUAUCUGGUGCCUUGGGUUUAGUUUGGUGUGUCGCUUGGCUGUUGUUAGCCGCCAAUAAACCAGCGGAGUCCCAAUUUAUUACGAAAGCAGAACUUGAUUACAUAGAAGCCUCGCAGAAUGUCACGAAAAAAACAGAGUCAGAUGAAGUAGUGCAAAAGAUUCCAGUGCCCUGGCAUGCUAUAUUGACUUCAUUGCCAUUUUGGGCAUUAGUAGUCGCACGCUCAGCCCAUUCUUGGGGUUUCUCCACACUUCAAGCUGAACUGCCUUCCUAUAUGAAGGGUGUGCUGAAUAUGGACAUGAAAAGCAACGCUUUCUACUCUGCGCUCCCUUAUCUGGCGAUGUGGUGCAUGUCCUAUGUAUAUUUGAUUGUCUCGGAUGUGUUGCUCAAUCGUAAGAUAGCCUCACUCACAGCUAUACGCAAGACCUUCAAUACAUUCGCCUUCUGGAUACCGGCUACUGGUCUUAUAUGCAUUGGACUCCUCGGAGAGGAGCAGAAGAAUUUCGCGAUUGUUUUAAUGACGGUAAGCGUUGGCUCGAACGCUGGUGCUACAAUUGGCAGUGCGCUGAACACUAUCGAUCUCUCGCCGAAUCAUGCUGGCAUUCUUAUGGGCAUCGUGAACUCAGCCGCUAAUGUGAUACCGAUACUUACGCCGCUGCUAGUUGGUGUGCUGGUAAAGGACGAGCAUAAUCGCGUGGAGUGGCAGUUAGUCUUCAUAAUAGCAGCCGUCGUCUUUGCUUCGGGUAAUUUGUUUUAUUUGAUUUUUGGCAAGAUGGAUCUACAGGCCUGGGAUGAUAAAGAUUAUUUAUCGAAGAAAUGUGAUCAAAAUUCGGAGUUUCCGCAUAAAGUGCUUAGUGAGCAUGUGUGUGCGGUAACGGCGAUAUGCACUCCAGCUGUAACAAGCUGAAGUGAGCUCUAACGUCAAGGAUGUAAAUUUAUAUUACAUAGGAAUGCUUGUAUAUACAAUUUCUUGAUAUAUGUGCAUAUGUAUUAAAUCAAGUUU